AUGGAGACUGAUUUCUUAGAUACGAAAGUGAUUUUUCUGAAAUAUCAGCAACGCGAUCAGCGCAUGACUCAAGAUGUGGAAAAAUUAACGCGAAUUAUAACGAUGGAUUUAUAUACGCCAGUAACAACGGCGCCGUUUAUAAUUGCUUACUAUACUUACCUCACUUAUCGAAGGUUUGCUGCGAAAUCAGCUCAUAACUUAGCCAGGAAGCUGUCGAGGAAUUCAUUCAAACUAAGAUGCGAACGAACUUAG